CAAAAAAUGGCAAUAAUUUUACUUUGUUAAUUAUUUGUGACUUUAUGUCUGCUGCAAUGUCAUCGAUUCUACUCUUUACUGUGUUAUUCGAAAGAGAAAUAGACAUUUUUUGCUCUGCACCUUCUCCUAAAAUUAUCUGCGUGGCUUUCAGGACACAUGGUUUUAUUAAUUCUUCACCGAUAGUAUGAGGUUUCUUGUGUGUGAUAACUUCUCGAUUUAUCCAGUCUCAUCCGAUUGAGUGAUUCUGCUUAAGAGGAAAAAAACUAGUUCGU